UUUCAUUACAGUUCACGACUAGACACACCCCCUAACUCCUUCAAAAUGGCCGAUAAGAAUGAGAAGGCCCAAAGCUCACUGGAUUGUCCUUUCUGUGAGUCAAAAGUAGAGGAAGAGUCAAGUAUAGCUACUGAUCUCCGUAUACUAACUCGUUUACGUUUGAGUAUUCCCGUAAAAUGUGCAAUGGCCAGUAAUGGGUGUGGCUGGGAGGGUGAGUUGCCGCAGAUUUGGGAACAUUUCUCAUCAUGUUCCUAUUUCCCUCGUCCGUGUCCAUUCAACUGUGACCCUAACGUGUACAUGCCGAGGGACAUCCUCAAGAUCCACUUGCAGGAGAAGUGUCCAUUGAAGAGUGUGGCCUGUGAGUACAAGUGGGCUGGCUGUGAAGCUAAUUUAUGUCGUAAAGAAAUGGCGUCACACAUGAAGGAGUGUGUCCUCCUUCAUAAUGAGCUACUGGCCAAAGCUGCCAAGAACUAUAGAUCACAAGUUAGUUUAUUACAAGCUGAGAUUGAUCAACUCAAGGGGGCCAAGACCGUUGAAUCUCCAGCUCAGGAAAAUUAUUCUCCUUCUAAAAAGCGUAAAGUUACCUUCAGUCAAAGCACUGACAUUAUCAACGGAGGGGCAGUGUCUGAGCCUGUCCAGCUCCAGCACGAGAACAUGCAACUAGUAACCCAUUCUGUUACUGUGACCACACCCACCACUCCUUCACCAGCUGGUACUAGGCAGCUACUCAAUAAGCAGAGGCCAGGAGGUGAUAUAUUUCUCUCCCCUAUCAUUGGAUAUGCCAAUGACAUGAAUAAGAAGGAGAAACAGUGUCCUCCUUUGGUCUGUCGUUAUAUCAAAUCUGAUUGGAGGACGCUAAUGAUCAUGUGUCAGUCAUGUGACACGUGGUAUCACUCAAUGUGUGUUCAUCUAGUGAACAAUAAAGUGAGGGAUAUGACUGAAUUUGUAUGUCCGUCUUGUAAGAAGAUUAACAAUACUAUUAAUAAUUAGUUAUUAUUUUUUGCUAAUAAUUAAUUAUUUUUUCUUUCAGUAUACACACAAUCUCUAAAACAAAGUUAAAAUGUUACCUAUUAUUAAUGAUAAUUAUGUUCUUUAUAAUUAUUAUAAUUAAA